AUGCUCCAAUACGAAAGUCUCAAACAUGUAAUUCAGUACAUGUCAAUUGGAUCUCGAACUAAUCUUCGCCGUCGCUGCCCAUCUCUUCAAGUCACAGAAUCCCUUUUCCCAUUGAGAAUCAAUCAUCUGGAGUUUUCGGAGAACUCGAUCACAUUAAACCAGACGAAAUAUUAUUUUUGUACAGUAUAUUGUCUUGAAGAUCCUCACACGAAGAUAGAUCAUACUGAAAUAAUGUGGGAUUUGAAUGAGAUGUACGACGUGGAAAUCCGUGCGAUUUCUCCAGGAGAUCUCAUUUUAAAUUUUCCUCGCGAAAUACGCGUCGACAUGCCGUUCUCCUUAGAACAACUGGAGUGCAGCAAGAAAUACGUCAAGUUCACGCUCUCCACGAAACAUGUGAAAUAUCUGGAGGACACCUUGAUUCGAAAGUGUUUGAAAACAGUGGCGGAGAAGUUUCUGGGUGGUAAAAAAGAAUCUAUCAAAGUGGAUAAGCUAUGUAGUAGUUUCUAUGAGAUAUGGAGUGAUUCGUUUACCGCUACUCCGGAUCAUCCAGUUUUCCAGCAUGACUUGACAAAAACCGCAAAGAUACUGAAGUUUCAUGCUUCGACAAGCGAAAUAUCUUGGCUCGGUACCGUACUCCAUUUGGAUAAUGAUCAAAUCCAAAUUGACAGCUAUAAACCAAUUUUGAACGCGGAGGAUACUGUAACACUUGUCGAAAAUUGGGUCAGUAGUGACCGUAAAGCAGGGAGCUCACUCCACAUGAUUAUCAAUGAAGGAAUCAUGCGUGAGGUCUGUGAUUUGCUUGAAAAUCGUAUUGUAGCAGGAUCAGAAGCACUUCAAAGAAGUAUCGGAUUUCUGGAUUAUAUCAUCAUUCCGAUGGGAAAGUGCUUGGAGCUCACUCUUGAUAGAGCUCCUUCCGAUCGUAUCAACAAAACUUAUACCUUCACAAUCAAAGUAUUGUAG